AUGGACUCCCCCAUUACCGAGCUAGAUGAUAUCUGGAUCAACUCCAAGCCGGUGGAUCUGACUAGUGAAAGACCACCUGAUUGCUUUACGUCUCGACCGGUGCGAAUAAACAAGUACGACGAUAUUAUGAAUCUCCACACCACGAAUGCAACAAACGACUGGACAACAGCAAUGUGCGAUGAUGCAGACCGUAAAGUUGGGCAUGCUUUCUCACCAGUGGGGAAUGUAUCGAGCCUUCUUUUUCCCGAGUGUUCAUCAGAUAAGGCACAUAUUCUGGGAUACUUCACACAGCUUUCAUUCAUACAUGACGAUAUCACGGAUGUGUUAUCCUCAAAAGAUGCCAAGGAAGAGAACAGACAUUUAUCCCAUGCGCUAGACCCCAAGGACAACCACCCCGGCACGUCGGAAAGGGGAAAAGCCAUGAAGAAGUUUCUAUCGCAGAAAGUUCUUGAAAUGAUUGACAUGGAUACUGAUGAAGGACGAGAAUUUGUUAAGCUUCUCAAAGUCUGGGCUGAUGACGAGAUUGGGUUGAAAAAUCCCCAAACGAUCGAAUCUGUUGACGAAUACCUCCGCUUUCGGCAACUUGACGGAGGGGUAAGGGCAUAUUGGUAUUGGUUAGCAUUCUCCCACAGGGAUAGCUUCGCACAAGCAGAUUGGGAUUCGAUAGAAUAUCUUCUGAAAUCUGCCAACAGGGUCUUUAUAUGGACCAAUGACUACUUCAGUUGGCCCCGGGAACGCUCUUAUGAACAAGGCAGGAUUGCAAAUGUGAUUGAGUUCUAUAUGAGAACCGAGGGGCUUUCCGAGGAAGAAGCCAAGAAGAAAACGAAGGAAGAAAUUUUGCAAGGCGAACACCGUUUCCAUGACAUGUGCGUUGAAAGAUUUGCACGAGAGCCGAGCAUUCCUCGCCACGUAAAGAAAUUGCUCUUGGUUGCCGAGAUAGUUAUGGGUGGAUAUAACUACUGGGCAUCGACAUGUCCUAGGCUGAACUCUUGGAAAGAACAAGGUCUAACUGCAGAGACUGUCUUCCAUGGACCAAAAAAUGACGAAGUUUUCAAUCAUGGAGAAAAAGCUCAGCUCGUCAAGUCAGUCAAUGUAACCCAAACUUCCAACAAAACUCCGGAGAACACGAAAAUUCAGUUUCAACCUUCAGUAUCCCAUUUGGACUCGGCGACAUGUACAUCUGUUCUUGAUGACUCGGCUCUCCUAGCUCCAGCUCGUUACAUUGAGUCUCUGUCAUCAAAAAAUACGCUUUCCAAACUUGCCGAUGCAUUCAACGUCUGGAUGCAGGUGUCCCCUAUACCACUGGCAUCGAUCAAGGAUGUCAUCAAUGGUCUGCAUAACUCAUCCCUAAUCUUGGACGACAUCCAAGAUAACUCACCACUCCGACGAGAGAGAACAGCCACCCAUCUCAUCUUCGGACCUGCGCAAUCGAUCAACAGCGCUACAUACAUGUUUGUCAAAGCGGCUAAAGUAGUAGACGCACUGGGUACUCCUCAAAUGAUGACCGCCCUUUUGCAGAAUCUCGAGAUGCUCUUCAUUGGUCAGAGUUGGGAUAUAAGCUGGAGACAUAGUUUCUAUUGCCCUACGGAAUCCGAAUACCUCACUAUGGUGGACAAGAAGACUGGUGCCUCGUUGACCAUGAUGGUUGAGCUCAUGCAAGCCAACGGCAAAACAACACCCUUCUCAUAUCGACUUUCACCGCUGGCCCGACUUUUCGGCCGAUGGUAUCAGAUCCGCGAUGACUACAUGAAUCUCCAAGGGGCAGAUUAUUCGAAACAGAAGGGGUUCUGCGAAGAUUUCGAUGAGGGGAAAUUGUCCUACCCAAUUGUCAAGUGCUGUCAGAAGAGCGAGGCAAUUAAAAACAUCAUUCUCGGCAUAUUCCAGCAAACGCGAAUGACAAACACAAAAAUGAUGCGUGAGAGUAAAUUGCAGAUUUUGGAUCUUAUGUCGAGUGUUAUGGCCCUUGAGGAUACGUACGAUUAUCUUCAGCAGCUGCAACAGGAAAUUGAACAGGACAUUCGAGAGAUUGAGGUCUUGACAGGCGAAUCUAAUCCAGAGCUAUUGCUCGUGGUGAAGGUCUUAGGUGUGAUUCCCAAGCCUGGUGGAAAGGGGCAUUGA